AUGGAUCAUCCAUUUAAUUACCUUUUCCAUAUUUUGACAAUAUUCGUCGGUGGUUCUCUACUAUUCCUUAUUGGAUUUUUUCCCGUCUCCAGAAAUUUGACUGUUGGAAAUGAUUAUGGAAACUCUACCUUAUCUCUCCUUGAUAAGACGCUGCCCGAGCCCUCAUUUAAGCACGAACGGGUGAUUUUAAUGCUGAUUGAUGCUUGGCGAUGGGAUUUUGCUAAUCAAACCAACAUGCCUUACUCCUAUGGAAGUGCUUGCAAUCAUAUUAAUAUUAAGGUCAAUGUACCAACAGUCACCAUGCCUCGCCUGAAAAGUAUAACGACUGGCACAGUUUCAAAUUUUAUUGAUAUAGUGCUGAAUCUGGGUCAUACCGAGAAGUUGGCUGAUUCUAUUUUACAUAGGACACGAGCUAAGGGCAAAAAUAUUGUCUUUUCUGGUGACCGAACAUGGGUACAACUUUUUCCGGAAUUGUUUUUACGACAAAAACCGAACAUCGAUUCAUUUUUUGUCAAUGACUUUUAUGAGGGUGAUAAAAAUAUAACAGCAAAUGUUAGAGAAGAACUUUCUCUUAAGGACUGGCAUCUUAUGAUAUUACAUUACUUGGGAUUAGAUCACAUUGGUCAUGUCGAAGGAUCUCAUAGUAAUAAAAUCUUUGAAAAACUACAUGAAAUGGAUGAUGUUAUCAAAUACAUAGCAACUAGUUCCGAAUUUAAGAAUACCGUUUUACUGGUAACUGGCGAUCAUGGAAUGCGAAAUGGUGGUAGCCAUGGAGGUAGCGAUAAAGAGGAAUUACAUGUUCCCCUCAUGCUGUUCUCCGAUAAAUGUACAAAACGAAACUGCACAAUUGAUUACAAUCAAAUUGAUAUGACACCAACAUUAGCCGUCCUUUUAGGUGUAGAUAUACCUUUUUCAUCUGUUGGUUGUUUAAUUUCCGAAUUCAUAGAAGACCUUUCCAAGGAAGAACAACUAUAUUACUAUUACAAGAACGCAUUGCAUCUCAUAGAGAAGUUUAGAAGGAAGUAUAGCCUAAGUCAAAUCAAAGCUCAAGGAUACUCGGACUACUAUUUCUGGUUAACUGAAGCCGAAAUGGAACAUAAACACUUUUUGGAAAGUAAUUUCACUAGUUUUUUGUCCUACGAAAAGGCAAAAAAGAAUUACAUUCGUCUAUCUAAAAAUAUUUCCAAGUUACUAUCGGAUAGCUCAGUUAAAUACGAUAACGAUUUAAUAUUUAUCUCAUUGGUAUUGACCACGACGACUGCCGUACACUUGAUAACCAAGGUUCUCUUCGGUACAAAGGAUAACUUUAAUAAAAAGUGGCAACAAUUUUCGUCUGGUCGUUUAUUUUUAAGCAUUGUUGCUGGCCUUGCCAUAAAUUGCAUUGCACAUUUCUUAGAGUUUAUCUAUUCGAGACACUUCAUAUAUUCGGCUGUGCUAACAGUUCCUAUAGCGAUAAGUAUUUACCUGGCCAUUGAAAUAUGCCUGCUGGUCGUUCAAAUACUUAUACCCAUGUCCUAUGAUCGCAAAUGUUACUUUAAGCUUACCAUUCCAUGGAUGCUGUUCGCAUUCUUCAUUUUCCAUACCUUUUCAUUGGUCUCAUCGUCGUUAAUAGAGGAGGAACAUCAGACGUGGUACUAUCUGACACCAACAAUAAUGAUUUAUCUCACAGCCCAAAAUGUUUACUACGGCAUACGAAAAAUGUGGAAAUUAGAAAAUAACUUGGUCAUUUUAGCUUCAGAGCUGUGGCAAAUGCGCUACGUGAUAGUGGCUAUGUUAGCAAUUGUCUUUUGUCGACGUCUGAAUCAAACUGGUGACAAAUGGCGUCAUCUAGAGGACAUUGGUGAUAUUUUGUCCAGAGAACACAAUCAACAUUAUCUCCUAAUAGCUUUUGUUUGUGCCUUAAUUUUUCUACUUUGGUCACUAAAAAAGUACAACACGCCAUUGCAAAUGGUAACCUGUAGCAUUGCACUCGUUUGCGUUUUUCUAUAUCGAGAGUGGAGUAAAUCUAGCGCUACUGUAGUAUUGUUGGUAUUUUGGCUAAGUGUGUGCGUAACCGCAUUUGUUCGUUAUCGUAAUAUAUUCUGGAAACCGAAACACUACGGGUAUGGCGUUAAAAGCAACUUAGUUGACCUAUUGGGCUCAAAUUUAACCAUAAGCUUAUUAAUAUCGGCUCUCUUACACAAACCUCACAAUGUGGUAUUGCUGCCAGCCCUGUUGCUUUGCCUGGAGAGCAGUUAUUAUUUGUGCGAUAACUUGCAUCUGUACAAUAGGAAAUUGUACAAUCGUUGUUACGUCCUAGUGUAUAAGGCUGUUAUGACCAUAUUCCUGGGAAACAUGUUUUAUUUCUUCCAGGGAAAUUCGAAUAGCCUAUCAACAAUUGACAUAAAUCCUGGUUAUAUUGGUUUGUCGUCCUACAAUCCUUUUGUAGUGGGUGCUAUGAUUACCUUUAAUACAUAUUGUGCCCCCAUAAAUGCAUUCCUCUACCUAGUAUGGCAUAUGUUUGUUACCCAGAAGAGCAGCUUGCCCCUACGCCAAGAAAAGGAGCAAGUCUCAAAUGCUCAACUGCUUGAAAGCACGGAGGAGGAUUUGUAUCUAGUGAUAAGUUUAUUCACGGCCACCACAGUGAUGCCUGUGGCCGUCUACUGGCUAUUAUUGAUGGGCUUUCGCUAUCACCUAUUCAUUUAUUCAGUAUUUGCACCAAAAGCCUUUUAUGAAUGCUUUCGUAUUUUAGUAUUUUAUUUAAAUUUUAUUGUAACAAAUUUGUACUUUAGGUUAUUCCAAUAAAAUCUUUAAUCGCAA